GUGAGAGAGCUCGGGGAGGAGAGCGGGAUCAGGUGCAGGACAGACAGGUAGCUCCUUACUAGGAUCUGGUGGAGAGGGAAGGACUCCUUUCUUAGCCAAAGGACUCCAGUGAUAUCUGGAAUGGACACCCUGGUGUCUUUUUUAAAUUUUCACUCACAAGAUGAAGCCAGUGUGCAGUGACGUGAAGAAACAGCUUUGAAUGAAGACAUGUUUUUCCCCUUCCUAAGCUGCUCUUCAGAUCAUGAUCGGACGAAGGUCACAUAGGCGACCUGGGCUUUAAGGAGUCUACCGAAUGACUGAUGCACUUGAGCCAGAAGCUGAGUUAUCUGAACACGAAUCCUUUAAGGGACUCAGAACUCAAUGACAUGCUCGGACUCUUCUUGGAAUGACUCACGGACUGUACGUAUAUUACCCUUGACCCAGGUGGAUGCCCCUGCUCUCUAGAAACCCUCCUCACUGCAGAUGUGUGGCACACCAUGACAUACAGGGUCAGGGAAGCCCACAGCAUGGGUUUUCAAGUGUUUGUGCCUUUCAGUCCCUGGAGCUGGUUGCUAUUGCUGGUGGCCCUCAAGUGUCCUGAAGCAUCUUCUGAUUUGAACGAAUCCACAAAUUCCACUGCCCAGCGUGAACCUAACGUUCGGUUUGCUGCUGCAGGCUCAGAGCCAGAUGAGAAGAUAUCUGUUUUUGCACUGGAUUAUGACUAUGUGCAAAUUCCUUAUGAGGUCACCCUCUGGAUACUUCUAGCAUCCCUUGCAAAAAUAGGCUUCCAUCUUUACCACAGACUGCCAGGCCUUAUGCCAGAAAGCUGCCUCCUCAUCAUCGUUGGGGCUCUGGUGGGCGCCAUCAUCUUUGGCACUGACCAUAAAUCUCCUCCUGUCAUGGAUUCAAGCAUCUACUUCCUGUAUCUCCUUCCACCCAUUGUCCUGGAGGGUGGUUACUUCAUGCCCACCCGGCCCUUCUUUGAGAACAUUGGCUCCAUUUUGUGGUGGGCAGGCCUGGGGGCCCUGAUCAAUGCUUUUGGCAUUGGCCUCUCCCUCUACCUCAUCUGCCAGAUCAAAGCCUUUGGCCUCAGUGAUGUCAACCUGCUUCAGAACCUGCUGUUUGGUAGCCUGAUCUCGGCUGUGGACCCUGUGGCCGUGCUGGCUGUGUUCGAGGAGGCGCGUGUGAAUGAGCCGCUCUACAUGAUGAUCUUCGGGGAGGCCCUUCUCAAUGACGGCAUUAGUGUGGUCUUAUACAAUAUAUUAAUUGCCUUCACAAAGAUGCAUAAAUUUGAAGACAUUGAGCCUGUCGACAUUUUGGCUGGAUGUGCCCGAUUCGUUAUUGUGGGGGUUGGGGGAGUCUUUUUUGGCGUCAUUUUUGGGUUCAUUUCUGCGUUCAUCACACGUUUCACUCAGAAUAUAUCUGCAAUCGAACCACUCAUCGUCUUCAUGUUCAGCUACCUGUCUUACUUAGCCGCUGAGACACUCUACCUCUCUGGCAUCCUGGCGAUCACUGCCUGCGCGGUAACAAUGAAGAAGUAUGUAGAGGAAAACGUGUCUCAGACGUCCUACACGACCAUCAAGUAUUUCAUGAAGAUGCUGAGCAGCGUCAGCGAGACCCUGAUCUUCAUCUUCAUGGGCGUAUCCACCGUUGGAAAGAACCACGAAUGGAACUGGGCCUUCAUCUGUUUCACCCUGGUCUUCUGCCAGAUCUGGAGAGCCAUUAGCGUAUUUGCUCUCUUCUAUGUCAGUAACCAGUUUCGGACUUUCCCCUUCUCCAUCAAGGACCAGUGCAUAAUUUUCUACAGUGGUGUCCGAGGAGCUGGAAGUUUUUCACUUGCAUUUUUGCUGCCUCUGUCUCUUUUUCCUAGGAAGAAAAUGUUUGUCACUGCUACUCUUGUAGUUAUAUAUUUUACUGUAUUUAUUCAGGGAAUUACAAUUGGGCCACUGGUCAGGUACCUGGAUGUUAAAAAGACCAAUAAAAAAGAAUCCAUCAACGAAGAGCUUCAUAUUCGUCUGAUGGAUCACCUGAAAGCUGGAAUUGAAGAUGUGUGUGGGCACUGGAGCCACUACCAAGUGAGAGACAAGUUUAAGAAGUUUGAUCACAGAUAUUUACGGAAAAUCCUAAUCCGAAAGAACCAGCCCAAAUCAAGCAUUGUCUCUUUGUACAAGAAGCUGGAAAUGAAGCAAGCUAUUGAGAUGGUAGAAACUGGGAUCCUCAGUACUGCAGCCUUUUCUGUACCGUGCCAGGCCCAGAGGAUACACAGAAUCAAAAGGCUUUCCCCUGAAGACGUGGAAUCCAUGAGAAACAUCCUGACACGCAAUAUGUACCAAGUUCGACAAAGGACCUUGUCCUACAACAAAUACAACCUCAAACCCCAAACGAGCGAGAAGCAGGCUAAAGAGAUUCUGAUCCGCCGCCAGAAUACCUUAAGGGAGAGGAUGAGGAAAGGCCACAGCCUGCCAUGGGGAAAGCCGGCUGGUACCAAAAACAUUCGUUACCUCUCCUUUCCCUAUGGCCACCCUCAGCCGGCAGGAAGAGACACGAGGGUUGCUGAACUCACAGACAAUGACAGCAGCGAUUCAGAACUCCCACCCAUCAUGUUCAAAGCACACUCUCGAGCAGGGAUACUUCAGGAAAGACGGCUGACGCCAGAGAUCAUCCCAAUGAAGAGCUUACCCAGAGGAGGGAAAUCAUCCCACUUCGGUUAUCAGAGAAACACCAGCCAAGAAGAGCAUGAUGGCAGAGGCAGAAGGGAGGCGCUACGGCCCAAACCGCUGUUCCACGCGGUAGAUGAGGAGUUUGAAUCUGGAGAGGAGAGUGGAGAGGAGACCUCAGCAGUCAGAUCCAGAUGGUCAGGGGAGCACAGACCCACUAGGCAACAUCACAGGUCCCACAGUCCUUUGCUCCAAAGAAAAUAGUUUCAUCAUCCACACAGUAGUCUCCAUGUAUUUCAAGAGUCCAUCUUCCUAUUGUUGUGGAAGAAGGAGUUUCUGAGUUACGAAGAGGGCUACUGAGUUUAUUUUUUGGAGCCUCUGAGCCAUACAUCUAUAAGGGGCACGGAGAUUUUUUUGGAGAAAAACGUGGAACAAACUUGCAGGCUCUGCUGUAUUCUUAGCUGGUGUACUUUGUAGAUGAAGUCCCCAAGGGUGAUAAAUAUUAAUCAUCACAGGAAUUCUUACUAAAAUUCCUAAAAGUCUGUGAUCCAUGAACUGUAUUGUGAUACAAGUAUGAUUGGUCAGUAAUUCACCUUAACUGUAUGCCUGUGCAGCUUAUAAUCAAGUUAUAACUGGGAAAGGCCUGGGAAAUCAUCUGGCCCAACCCUGUGUGUUUACAAAUAAGGACCUAAGGACACCCUUCCCAAGGUCAUGUGGCGAGUUGCUGCUUUCACAAGCUGGUUGUUCUCCCUCCCAAGAGAAUGUAUUCAGUUUUGAUUUUGAUAUGCACUAUGUGAUAAUUAUUUUUCUGGGAAAAGGUAAAAUUUGCCAUAACAAUGCUAUAUUUAAUCAGUAGCAAUAAUAGAUAGAUGUGAUAUGUAGUAGUGGAUUAAUUUGUGAACAAUGGACUUGUAAUCUAUUUUAUAACUGGAAUAUUUAUUUUAAAAACAAAAUAGCCAUAAACAGGAUGUAAUAGCAACGACACGAACAACAGGUAUUUAUUACAUGUGCAUUUGUAGGCUGCGGUACUGUGCCCUAGAGUUUGAAACUCUUUCCCAGUUUAAUUUCCAUCAGGAAAGUAAAUCAUUCCCCCAGACUUGACCUUGAACCUCUCACACUCCAGCUCACUGACUUUGCUAGAUGACUUUAUCUUUCUUCCCUUCUUUCCCUCUCUUCCUCUUUUCUCUCUGGUGGCCACCUAUAGAUGAACACAUAUUUAUUAAGUGCUAUUUAUUGUGCCAAAUGGCUGAUCUAUAACAAUUAACCAUAAUGUCCUUUAUCAUUACUAUUUUUGACUUCUCUAGCCAUCCCCAACUGAUUCAAUCCCAUGCAUCUUUAAAGGUUGUUUUCCAAUGCACCUGGCUGCCUAGACUGGCUUUGAUCCCCUUAAUCAGAAGCAAUGAAGUGAUCCCCUUCCUCCUGGCUGUGCCCACACCGCACUGGGUGUGUCACAGAACUUCUCUGGUAAUUACCCUUAUACACGUGUGUGUAACUACCCAGGUCUGCAGGACAGGGAGGAUAGUCUGUCCAUUUUAAACUUUAUCCAUUCAUCAGUUGUGUUUCUUAUCUCUUGGCCUUACCCUUUUUCAAGUUUUGUUUUUUGUUUUUUGCGGUUUUUUUUUUUUUUUUUUGGCUUUUAUCCAUUUUUUGUCUUAGUUGUUACAGUGCCUUGUUCAUGGUAGAUCAUCUACAAAUGUUGGGGCAACAAUGCCCUUUUGUUACAGCUGAAAAGGAGGUCGGAGAAGAUAUGGUCAGACGUUCUUAUUCUCCAGGUUACAAAGAUGAGGUGUUGAGAAACUGGCUGGUGCAGCUUCAGGGGUUUAAAGGGUUGUGGGCUUAUUCUCUAGUGUAAUCCGUGGACACCAUUGCCUGACAAAGGAUAUACGGCCUUCCCUGGACUUAUAUUUUGUGAAGGGCAUUUAACUGCCAGUGGUCACUGCUGCAGUGGUAGAAAUGCCAAUCAAAAGAGCCCACUUGUUUCUCUUCUUCUGAAUCUGAAAUAUAAGCCUGCUUCUAAAUUGUCUCAAUGUUUUAAAUUAUCUACUACCAGAUAGUAGUAAUCCGCCCAAAGGGACAGAAGCAUUUAUAAAACUCAGGGAUCUCUGGGUUUGGUUUUUUGUUUCUUGUUUUUGUUUUUCGUUUUUGUUUUCCCAUUAUUGCUUAAACAAACAAGCAGGCAAAGCAACGGAAAAACCUUAUGACCCAUGAGAGGGAGUCAUGGAGUCAUUAUCCUCACACUAUAGAUGAAGAUACAGCGACAGAACGGGGGCGUCAGAAAUCACCUUUACAAAGCCAUAUGCAAAGCCAAUUCCUGAGAGGUAGAGAACACUGUAUUCCUUGCUGGAUUCUCCAUAUAACAAAAGAAAUCCAAACUGUGAAGGCCCCUUCCCAGAGCAGACAGCAAAGUCUAAGGAUUAGUGGAAUUUAUCUGAUCCUUCUGUUUUUCUCUGAGAUGCUGGUGCCCUGUGGGAGAGGGAUGGUGAGACUUAGUGAAUAGAAGGGAACUUGCCCUUUUAAUUGGUAGAAGCCAAAAUGAGUCAUUUGCCCCGAAGCCGUCUGUUCAUGUAGACAGUGUCUGGCCCUUGCUGCCUGAGUCUAGAAAUUGGCCCUGGAACGCCUUCCUGAAAUGUAUGGUAGGUUGAGGGCCCUUGUGGUCCUGGUGGCUCUGGUAGCUUGGAGAGCUCAUGGUGGACAUGGCCUCUUUGCUUAGUCACCCAGGAUUGUUUCAAAAUGCAGUGUGAUCUGAUCUUCAUUUCCUGGCGACAGCCCACGCUGGGGUUUGGUUGAGCGUGUGAUAGGUGCCCCAAGAAUGCUCUUGGGUAUCAGUUUCACAUCAUGAGUUUUUCCAACAGGCACCGGGCCGUGCAGCAGAGAAAGUUCCCUCUGGAGUGUUGAGGGAGCUCUGCUGCUUACUCCCGACUCAGCUCGGGGAGAGGUUGGAGUCCCUCAGAGGGGCUCUCCUGGGCCUGGCCGCUGGUCCACUGAGCCUCGCAGUUUGCCCUCUUAUCUUCAACCUCGGAGAAGCCAACACACAACCCACAGAAUCCUGUCUUCCCUCCAUAAGUUUUUUUUCUUUUUUUCUUUUUCUUUUUUUUCUUCCUUUCUCAAACGUGCUCCUAUUGUGUGCCUCAGUGGUCUUUAGGUUUCAGUAACUUCUGAAAUGGGGUAAAGUCGCAUUUCCUUUCAUGUAUCCUAUAUGGCAGCUUUCUACCUGAAAGGUUUUCUACAUGUUUGCUGGUGUUUGGGAUGUGGCAGAUAUGUUUAUUCACCCUGCCCAAACCUGACGUGAUGCCAUGGGACCUCCCCGGUCUUUAUCAGCCUCCUACCAGAGAAACAAACGUUGGCUGUAGAUAGGAAUGCGCCAUGGCAGAGUGGUGAUGACAUUCCAGACACUUUGUCAUGCUUCCCCCCAUGCUUUUCCCUCUCUUUCGUGAAGGCCAUAUACUUUUGUGCUUCUCUUCUUAGAAAAAGUUAAAGGGCCAUGGGAAGUAGGUCUGGAAAUGCCACCGGAAUUCAGUGAUAGAAUUAUCAUUCCUCUAUGUAAGAAGUGACUACUACUGCUAGGCUCUUUAGCCUACCAUUUUGGUUUCAGCCUGCAGGGAAGCUUCUAGAAGACUUCCUUGCCUAUCUGGAUGCCUGCCACUGAGAUCAUUUCGAUUUUUAAAUCAGUGUAGUUCAGAGCUCAGGCUCUGAAGUCAGACCACUUUUAGCUGUGGGGCUGUGGGCAGCCUGGUUAUCUUCCCUAAGCUGAAAUGUACUGAUUGAUAAAUAAGGUGAUAAUCUUAUCUACCUCAGAGAAUGAUCAUGAGGGUUAAAUGAGAUAGUAUUUGUAAAAUUCUUAGCUUAGUGCUUGUUUUGUAGGAAGAGCUUGAUCACUAACAGCUAUACUAAUUUAGGCCAAAAUGUAUGUACUCAUGACAGAGGACAUACAUUCAAUUAAUUACAUAAAGAGGUAUAAAUAAUGGACACCUGAGACUUUUCUGAGAAGUAGUUUGAAUGACAUUAUAGAGGAUAUUUGGGGCUAUCCAUCAAUCAAUAGCAAAACCAGAGAUCAGAUCUGGAUAUGGAUUCAUGGUUUUCCGGCAAAGCUUAUUGAAUUUUUUUGUCAUUACCUCAAAAUUAUUGUGUUUUCUUGUUUGGAGGAUGGUUACCAUGGUGUCCAAUCCAAAUCAUGGUUCAUCCUCAAAGAGACAGUGAAUUUAGAAGACCUACCUCUGUUUAUCAUGACAGGCACCCUGUGAAAAAAGGGAAAAUUGCUCUUUGUCGGGGAAACAUUCAAUGCGGUUUAAUUCCUCAGCUUGGAGUCUUUUCCAUAAGAGACCUCCUCUGCAAAAGAGUGAUUAUUUUAACUUAUAAAUAUUAACUAGUUAAAUAAGUGUUUAAGGAUUUUCAGCAUGGAAAAAAGUAGUUUCUAUUACAUUUGAUAACUUCCUGAAAUUAGGGAGAGUAGUUGUUUUGUUUUUUUCUUUAUAAAUAAAGUCAGUGAGUGUGUUGGUGUUAUCUAGAAUUUUUGCAAAUAUAUUUCAUGUAUGAGUAAUACAGGUGGUUUCUUGUAGUUUUAAUUUUUUUUUUUUUUUUCAUGACUAAACUCUGUCAAGUAUCCUAUUUGUAACUCCUCCUGAGAAAAGCCAGUAGUGCAGACAGAAAGCUUCCUUUUAGGACAUCAGUCACUGCUAAUUGUUAAUUGGGCCAUAAGCCGAGGGGAAUAAAAGAGAUGCCUGGAUCAGCGCUAGUCACUUCUGUAAUUAACAAGUGAUAUGUUGUUUCUCUGCGCACAAUAUUUGAUUGAAUAAAUUCUUUUUCUUUCUGAGAGUCUAACCAGCUUCUGAGCCAAGGGUGCUCAAAGUGAGUAUGAUGGGUUUGAAAUCGAAAUUUCCAUUGCUCAGCCUUCUUCCGGUUAGGGCUUAUUCAACAAAGUAAUAUGAGCCACGUUGUAAACUGAACCAAGACAGUCACUACUCUGUUUCCAGACAUAGUGAUACAGAUCUUGAAUUAAAAUGGGUGGUCCUAAAAUCAAGGUAUAUACCCUGUGUUCUAAGAGAUCAGUCUUGAAUAGAACAGUAAUAAUAGCCAAUAUUCAUAGAGUGCUUACUAUAUUUCAGGCAGUAUUCAAAGUACUUUGCCUACAUAGAUGCAGUGUCGUCCCAUCUUAAAAGAAGGUUCAGAGAGAUCGAGUAACAGGUCCAAGGUCUCCCUGCUUCCAACAAAGACCUUGGGAACCAGGUCUAUUUGGUUUGUAACCAUUGACCUAAACUUUCUCCCUGAGGAGAAUUAAGAAUUUAACUUUUUCUCACUGGGGAAAGAUGCAAUGGAAAGAAACAGAGGACCUUCAUCCUACCAAAAAAGAACUUGGCUUUAAAAUGGACAAAUAAAUACAGUGGAAGGUGAUGUGUUUGAAAAUCUGUUUUUACAAACUUAAAGGAUGAUUAUAUCAUGAGAAGAAUUGAUCAUUCUUGGCAUUAAGAUUGUUUUCUGAUAACAAUUAAAAUGUUUUGUGUCUGAUUUUA